AUGAGGACCACGUCCUCAACCAAUCACGCCUUGUCCUCCUCCAGCAGGGCUAACAAGCCCAAACAAGUUGCCGCAAUGCUUAAUGGGGAUGAAGCUCCAGACGAGAAGCAGGAGAUGGUAAAAUUGCAAGAGGAGAAGAAAGGAGAGAAGCGCCCCACCGCCACUCUCGCUUUCGCCAACAGCGAGACCAUCACUUCACCAAUAAAGAAGCAGAAGACCGCACUUCUUACUAAGAAACCGAAGGGUCUCAUCCGCGGUAGCAGUAACAACGGUGGCCGUCGCAGUAACGGCAGUUCUGGCGCUACUGCAGCCAAAUUGAAGCUUACUGAUGCGCCCAAGCCAGAGCAGAAGCGCGGCAUGGAGAGAUUGCGUCAACGGAAGGCUCACCGGAACAAGGCAUGGACACGUCUAGCAAGGAGAGAUGUGGGAUCAAGGGGCUGA